UUCCCGGAAGUUACCCAUGCGACUUGGAGGCGCACCGGUUCCGUAGACGAGAAACAUCGCACUAUGGCCUCGCUCUGAGCCUCUUCAUAAAGUAGAAGUGUACAUACCUACCCGGCAAUCCGUCUCCAUCGACGCCUUGAUCAUGGACCUCCGGUCCAGAGGCUUUUUUCGGGGCCAUCAGAGUUGUCAGUAGUACUGCCGAAGUACUAUAUUAUUUGAUUUUGAGCACUGUCACUUUUGCACACCCGGAGAUUUAAACCGAAGUGACAGUAGCAGCACUCACCCCAUCUGCCGGUUAGCUAAUUAGCUCGCUAAGUCAGUAGCCAAGAAGGACAUCACUUUUCUUUUGGAGUUAAGGACAAGGAAACUACAGCAGCACUACUUUUAUUGACAGGAGACUGAUCAGAGGCCGAUUCCCCGAGUUCCAGUCUUACAACAUACUGAUUAUUGAUUCCUGAAAGGCUGGCAACACAACGCCACUCUAAUGCAGAACCAUAAAAGAACGUGAAAUGAACAAACCACCACAGCCUAUAACGGGACCCACUUCUGUCCCAAACCCUGCCCCCUCUCCUGGAUUGACACAGGCUGCCUACGGCCCUGGACAGCCCCCUUCUCUCGUUUUUGCCACCCCUGCACCUCCACAAAUGAACUCUGCACAACAGCCAAGACCGUUUGCUGCAGGGCCCCGUACUUUACACCAACAGGGUGGAUACAGAGCGUUACAGAGUUACUAUCCGAACCGACCGGCCAUGGCCACCAGUGCUCCAAGGGUACAGACAAGUAGUGGCACUCGCCCUGUUGCACCUACUCAUGUCUACCCACCCAUGAUGAUUUCCCAGCAGCAGCUGUCUUUCGCUGGAUCUCCUCAGGGAUACUUCAUCCCCCCACCUGGACAGUACCGGGCUCAGUACAUGUCUCCUGCUCAGCAAUAUCCUGUGACCAGUGGUACAGCAGGCUACUAUCCGACAGCCAGCCCUGCUGAAUACCCUGCUUAUGAGCCCUCUCUUGCUGCGAGGGAGAGGCGGGGUGGUGGGGGGAGAGGAGGCGGGCGAGAGAAUGGCCGUCUCUCUCUCCACGGCACUCCUCUCACCUCCCAGCGCUACCCCGCAGGAGCAUACUAUCCAGCUCAGGCACAGUAUCCUCCAUCUGUCCAGCCUCCUCCAGUCAUGAUCAACCCCGCUCAGCAACAGCAACAAGCCCCGCCGCCUCAGCAACCACCGGCACAGUCGCAAGGCCCUAUAAAGAGGGAACGCAAACAGAUAAGAAUACGAGACCCCAACCAGGGUGGGCGUGAUAUCACAGAAGAGAUAAUGUCAGGUGGAAGGUCCGCCACCACACCAACUCCCCCACAGACCUCUAUAGCAGAUGUAAUUCCUACACAGACCAAUGGUGAAGUUACACAGCCUGUGGCUUCAGGGAUGAGAAGAGAUGAAAACAUAGAACCUCCUGCUGGCACUGAGACCCCUCCGCCCACUGCCAUAGCAGAUACAGAGGCUGUGGUGGAGGUCAAAAUGGAAAUUGAAAGCAACUUGACACCACCUGCAGAUUUAGCUGCACCAUGUGUAGCCACCACAGCUGCUACUGAGGUGCCAUCCCCAGUGAUGAAGGACCAGCAGUCUCCCUCUUCCCUCCCUCCUGCAGAACCAGCUACUACUCCUGCUGAGGAGGUAAAUAAAGUUAGUACUGAAGCUGAUGGCACAGUAGAUGCUGCUGUUGGUCCUUCAGCGUUGCUACUACAAGAACCAUCUAUCAAAAUAGAAGAACUACAGGCUGCCCCAGCUAUAGCCGAGAUGACACAAGUAAUGGAAGAAAAAAAAAUGGAGGAAGAGAAGAAAAUGGACAAAGAACAGGAGGCUUGCACCAAGAUAGAGCAUGUAGCUGAUGUUGCAGCAACAAUUUCCUCUGACGAAGAAGAAGAAGAAACAGCCACAAAGACAGCAGUUGAAGUGUCUCAGUCUCCACCCUCUGAGCAGGAACCUGCCACACCACAGACCCAGGACGCUACCCCGUCUUCUACUCCUGAACCUGAACCCACACCUGCUGUAACAGCAGAGCCUCUUCUCUCUAACGGCCUUCCUCCGGACAUCGAGGAAUUGUCCGAGGAUGUGGCAUUUUCAGACACUACACCCACUGACAUGCCUGACACUUCUCAAUCUCAGGAUUCCACAACUGUGGCUAAAACCACAGUGCCAGGCCCGGAGGAGGAGGAGGAGGAGGAGGAGGAGGAGGAGAAAGAGGAAGAGGAAGAGGGGAAGGAAAAAAGUGAGGGCACCCCUCCUGCCUCUGUUAGCUGCCCUACAGAGAAAUCUACUAUGCAAGCUGCUAUGUCUGUGCCAAAGAAGAGGAAGAACAUGAAAGCGUUCAACGAGAAGCAGGCCAUUGGAGACCUCCUGGAUGCCUUCACAGAGGACCAAGGCACCAAGCCUGUGUCUGAACCUUCCUCCACUCAGGCUGACCCUGCCCCUGUUGCUUCAGCUGAACCUACCACUGAGGCUGCAGAUGAGACCUGGGAAGAGAAAGAGGACAAGCAGAAUACAGAAUGUGACAUGUCUGAGGCCACACCUGGGCCAACAGAGCAGAAAUACCAGUACAAAGAGGAACAAUGGAAACCGAUAAACCCAGAGGAGAAGAAGCGGUACGACAGGGAGUUCCUCCUGGGCUUCCAGUUUAUCAGCGCCAGUAUGAAUAAACCUGAGGGCCUGCCUGUCAUCAGUGACGUGGUCUUGGACAAGGUGAACAAGACUCCACUGCGGCCUGUGGACCCAGCUCGCCUCAUGAUUGCUGGUUCUGAUUUUACUCCCUCUUAUUUGGGGAAUCUUGGGAACAGAUCAGUGGGAGGACCACGUGGCCCACCCCCUGGGCCACGUCGGUCCCAGCAGGGUCAGCGAAAAGAACCCAGGAAAAUCAUUAGCAGCAUGUCCCUCAACGAUGACGUGCAGCUCAACAAGGCCGAGAAGGCCUGGAAGCCCUCAGUGAAGAAGCCCACUCGCACCCGUAGCAAGGAGGAUAUUAACGAUGAUGACCCUGAACAGGCGAAGACUCGUGAGCUGUUCAAGCGUCUGCGCAGUAUCCUCAACAAACUGACUCCUCAGAAGUUUCAAGCUCUGGUGAAACAAGUUACAGAGCUGACGAUAGACACGGAAGAGAGGCUAAAAGGAGCCAUUGACCUCAUCUUUGAGAAGGCCAUCUCAGAGCCCAACUUCUCUGUGGCCUAUGCCAACAUGUGCCGCUGCCUUAUGGGGUUGAAAGUCCCCACUCCAGACAAGCCAGGAAUUUUUGUCAACUUCCGUAAACUGCUGCUCAAUCGCUGCCAGAAAGAGUUUGAGAAGGACCAGGAUGAUGAUGAAAUCUUUGAGAAAAAGCAAAAAGAGCUGGAGGCUGCCAAAGAUGAGGAGGAACGUGAGCGCUUGAAGGUGGAGCUGGAGGAUGCCAGAGACCAGGCCCGCCGCCGCUCACUGGGUAACAUAAAGUUUAUAGGGGAGCUCUUUAAGCUGAAGAUGCUGACAGAGGCCAUCAUGCACGACUGUGUAGUGAAACUCCUGAAGAACCACGAUGAAGAAUCUCUGGAGUGUCUCUGCAGGCUGCUCUCCACGAUUGGCAAAGACCUGGACUUUGAGAAGGCCAAGCCUCGUAUGGAUCAGUAUUUCAAUCAGAUGGACAAGAUUAUCAAAGAAAGAAAGACCUCAUCCAGGAUCCGCUUCAUGCUGCAAGAUGUCUUGGACCUUCGGAAGAAUAACUGGGUGCCUCGUAGAGGAGACCUGGGUCCUAAAACAAUCGACCAGAUCCACAAGGAGGCAGAGAUGGAGCAGCACAGGGAACAGAUCAAAGUCCAACAGCAGCUCCUGUCUAAGAAAGAUGGCGGAGCAGGCAGAAUGGGGGCAAGCACAGGGGGCCGAGGCCCUCACACACCAGGUGGUAGCCGGGUUACCCAGCCUGUGGACGAGGGGUGGAACACAGUGCCCAUCUCUAAGAAUAGACCCAUUGAUACCACACGCCUUAGCAAGAUCACAAAGCCUGGUGCUGUGGACUUCAGCAAUCAGCUGUUGGCUCCAGGUGGCAAAGGCAUGUGGGGUAGCUGGGGCAAAGGCAGCAGUGGAGGAACUGGAGCUAAACCAGCCAGUGGAGAGCAGGAUUCUGGUCGUCCAGUUACCAGUACCCUCAACCGGUUCUCAGCCCUGCAGCAGUCUGGCUCACUGUUGUCCUCAGCAGACUCUGAUCGCAGAGUUCCCCAGAGGUCAAGCUCCAGUCGUGAGCGCGGCAGCGACAGAGAGAGGGGAGACCGCGACAGGGAUCGGUUUGACCGAUUUGAUCGCAGCGAGGGACGGGAAGGUCGUAGUGACACAAGCGGCCAGACACAAAUCACCAAGAGAAGCUUUAGCAGAGAGUCACAGGAACGUGGUGGCAGGGGUGGAGACAGCCGGGCAUCGGCUGAGCCUGUGCGGCGCGUCGCCAGCAUGACUGAUGACAGGGACAGAAGAAGCAGGGACAGAAGAAGCGGGGACAGAGGAAGCGGGGACAGAGGAAGCCGAGAAAGGGCUCCAAGCAAAGAUCUCACAGUUAAGCGCGAGAGCGGCCCUACCCCUCCUCCUCUUCCAAAGCCUGUGUUGACUGAAGAGGAGGUGGACAGGAAGUCGAAUGCUAUCAUUGAGGAAUACCUCCACAUUAAUGACUUGAAGGAGGCGAUGCAGUGUGUGGUGGAGCUCAACAGUGCCUCGUUGCUCUAUGUUUUUGUGCGGAACGGUGUGGAGUCAACACUUGAACGCAGCACCAUUGCAAGGGAGCACAUGGGCCUGUUGCUGCACAAGCUUAUAAAAGCAGGGAUGUUGCCCACAGAGCAGUACUACAAAGGGCUACAAGAGAUCCUCGAGGUAGCGGAAGACAUGGCCAUAGACAUACCUCACAUCUGGCUCUACCUGGCUGAAAUCAUUACCCCCAUGCUCCAUGAGGGAGGCAUCCCAAUGGGACAGCUCUUCAGGGAGAUCUCAAAGCCUCUUGUGCCUCUGGGGAUGGCUGGCACGCUGCUGGCACAGAUCCUCAGGCUGCUCUGCAACGAAAUGACCACUAAGAAGGUUGGGGCCAAGUGGAGAGAGGCUGAGCUGAACUGGAGUGAUUUCGUGUCCAAGGACGAAGACGUCAACAAGUUUGUCACUGAACAGAAAGUGGAGUUCACCAUAGAAGAGGAGGUGGAGUCAGCAGAAGGCGGUAAGAAGAAAGUCUUUAGUGGAGAGGAGCUCAGUAGACAGCUGGACAGACUUCUUCAGGACAAGGCCAACAACCAGCACAUCAGAGACUGGAUUGAGGCUAACCUGGACGACCAGCAGACCAGUUCCAACCAGUUCAUACGUGCAUUGAUGAUGUCAGUGUGUCAGUCUGCCAUUAUAUGUGACAACUUGUACAAGGUGGAUGUAAAGCAGAUUAACCAGAGGGCCAGUCUGCUGCAGAGGUACCUGCAUGACGAGCAGAAAGAGCUGCAGGCCCUUUACGCCCUCCAGGCUCUGAUGGUGCACAUGGAGCAGCCAGCAAACUUGCUGCGGAUGUUCUUUGAUGCCUUGUAUGAUGAGGACGUUAUUAAAGAAGAGGCCUUCUACAAAUGGGAAUCCAGCAAAGACCCUGCAGAGCAAACGGGAAAAGGUGUGGCCUUGAAGUCAGUUACUGCCUUCUUCACCUGGCUCCGUGAGGCCGAAGAGGAGUCUGACAAGGACUAAAAGACUGGACCUAAAGCUACUCACCCCCUUUGAAGAGGCAGGGGCUCUGCAGGUGGCUGCAGAGAGUCAUGGACAAUAUUGCCAGAGAGGCAGACUCAAAUCAAUCCUCAGUGAGGAUAAAUCUUUUUUUUUUUUUUUUUUUCUUUUCUUUGAGGGGUGGACUCAGAAAACAAUCACUUCUCUCUACCUUCCCUCUCUUGCUUCCUUAUUUUUCCCCACCUGCGACCUGCUUGUCCACAGCAAGUGUCCUCAUCAAAUAAACUUGAAAACUGAUUCAGCAGAUUGCCUGUUAACGAGGUGUGAAGUAACCCACAUCACUACAGACCUUUUGUGUCACAGUAAUAGAAACCAUCAGGCUGCUUUUUUUAUGGUUCUAGAUCAUUUUAAUGCCUAACAUCCUAUCUGAUCUGCAAGAAUAAAACAGCAGGACAUGA